AUGCUGUGGAUGGCGAUUGCGUUGAUUCAGGUUGCGGCCGCCAUGGCGGUGAUAGAGCACAUGAUGCGACGGGUCAUGGAGGAGAAACCGACGUCACUACACCAAAGCCCGAUCGUGCUCGACUUGCGAGAAAAAUCAAAGGGGUACGUGCCGAAGUUCGAGCCGAACUUCUUUGUCGCAUUACCGCUGCCCAAAACUCUUCGUCCAUUUUGCGGAAAUCAUUGGCCAGCUCUUCCAAUACAUUCAACCAACUCCAAAGCGAGGCUGGACAACUGUUUGGAGGCCACGCAGGCAUCGCAGCCACCGCUGCGCCGCAGAAGCUUGCCGUGCGCAAGCCUACCGCUGCUCAACUAUUAG